AAAUACCUUGAUAUCCAUGUGACAUUCUUCCAGUGAAAUGCAUAAUUCUCAGCGUUAUGUUACUUCUGGAUGAAUUAAAAGAUUUUAAGAGGAUUCAUAUAAUACAGAGAAACUUUAGGAAAAAAGAAGAAAAAUAAGCAUGGAAUAAAAAUUGAGAUAGGGUUCAAGGUUGGGAGAAGGAGGGAACUCAGUAAUGGAGUGCAUGCCUUACAUUCAUGAGACCCUGGAUUCUACCCCUUGCACCAAAUAUGACAGAUGAUGCUCUCUGAUCUCUCAUAAUAAAACAAUAGAAUAAUAACAGAGUUCCAAUGUCUCUGAUAAAUCCUUAAGCACACUGGAAAGGACACUGACAUGGUCCAAUUUUUUAAAACUUUAAUUUACAUUACAGAAGUCUACUCCCUGCUCCCUUUUAACCUUAUAAUCAAAAGGCUGUUCUUCUGUUGUGGCCUUGGAAAUUCUAAAGUGGUUGAGUAUAACAAAACAAGUGGAUGGGUGAUUUUGUCCCCUUUGUGAUAUAUCCCUAGAAUAACAAUAAGGAAAAGUAGGUCUAUUAUACACAGCAAUAUGUCAACAUUUACAUAAGUGAAUAUUGUAGUUUCCCCUUUCCAUAAAUACAGUCUACACUACUCACUUAUUUCCUUGGCAGUAAACUAAGAUUUAAGAAAGUUAAGUGAAAUUAAUGAGAAAGUUUUACCUAUGAGUGCAGUAACUGCUUAGAACUCUGGGCGUCGCUGUUCACCAGCCUGGAAAUUAAGGUAGCAUACACACACCAAAACAUAAGGGGAAACAGCACCUCCAUCACAGCGAGAUUGGAAGCAGUCUCCCUGAAGCUUCUCAGAUUCUACUUCUGUGCGACCCUCUGAUCUGAAUUCUCUUGGAAAUUCACUUAAUUUCGGCUCAGAAGAACAGAUAAUCUAUACCUUUGAUACCGAACUGGGAGAAAACUAGGAAACAUCGAAAGCAAUGGCGAUUCGGGCAGAACUGCCUAGAUGCUGGAGGCUUGUUCAGCUGUGCCUUUUUGUGGGGCUGUUGUUGGAAGUUCAAGCCGGGAAGAUCCUCUACUUCGUGCCAGAAGAGACAGUAAAGGGUUUCUUCGUCGGCAGCAUCGCUAAAGACCUGGGUCUACAAGCCCAGGAGCUGGCGGGGCGUGGAAUCCGCAUCGUCUCCCGAGGUAGGACGCAGCUCUUUGCUUUGAACCCGCGCAGCGGCAGCUUGGUCACCGCGGGCAGGAUCGACCGCGAGGAGCUCUGCGCUCAGAGCGCGCGGUGCCUGGUGAGUUUUAACAUCUUGGUGGAGGACAAAAUGAAGCUUUUCCCUAUUGAAGUGGAAAUACUUGAUAUUAAUGAUAAUGCUCCCCACUUCCAGAUAGAGGAACUAGAGUUAAAAAUGAAUGAGAUAACGUCUCCAGGUACCAGGAUCCCUCUGCCUUUUGGCCAGGACUUUGAUGUGGGUGUGAAUUCGCUACAGAGCUACCAACUCAGCUCCAACCCUCAUUUCUUCUUAGAUGUGCAACAGGGAGCUGAUGGGUUGCAACACCCAGAGAUGGUGCUCCAGAGCCCCCUGGAUAGGGAACAAGAAGCUGUCCAUCACCUGGUCCUCACGGCCUCUGAUGGGGGUGAUCCAGUCCGUUCUGGAAUGCUGCGUAUUCAUGUUCAAGUAGUGGAUGCAAAUGACAAUCCUCCAACAUUUACUCAAGCACAGUACCAAGUGAGUGUCCUGGAGAACGUGCCACUGGGCACUCAGCUACUCACUGUAAAAGCCACCGACCCUGAUGAAGGAGCCAAUGGGGAAGUAACAUAUGCAUUUCACAAUAUAGACCACAGAGUAGCUCAGAUAUUUCAGUUGGAUCCUCAUAUGGGAGAAAUAACAAAUAAAGAACCCCUGGAUUUUGAAGAAUACAACUUAUAUCCAAUGGAAAUUCAAGCUCAGGAUGGUGCAGGCCUUAUGGCCAGGGCAAAGGUGCUGGUCAAAGUUCUGGACAUUAAUGAUAAUGCCCCAGAAGUGACCAUCACUUCUGUCACUGCAUCAGUUCCAGAAAACUUUCCUCCUGGGACAAUAAUUGCUCUUAUCAAUGUGCAUGACCAGGACUCUGGAGACAAUGGUCACACUACAUGCUCCAUUUCUAGAAAUCUACCUUUUAAAUUAGAAAAGCUAGUUGACAAUUAUUACCGUUUAGUGACAGAAAAAACACUGGACAGAGAACUCACUCCUACCUACAACAUCACAGUAACAGCAACAGAUCAAGGAACUCCAGCUCUGUCUACUGAAGCUCACAUUUCACUGCAUAUUACAGAUAUCAAUGACAACUCCCCUGUUUUCUCUCAGGACUCCUACUCUGCCUACAUUCCAGAAAACAACCCCAGAGGAGCCUCAAUCUUUUCUGUGACAGCCCAUGAUGCUGAUAGCAAUGAGAAUGCACAAGUCAAUUACUUCUUGGCUGAGGACGACAUCUUAGGGGCUCCCCUCUCCUCCUAUGUGUCAAUCAACUCAGAUAUUGGUGUCUUAUAUGCUCUGUGUUCUUUUGACUAUGAGCAGUUCCGUGAACUACAGCUGUGGGUGACAGCAUUGGACAGUGGGAAGCCUCCACUCAGCAGCAAUGUGUCCCUGAGGCUGUUCAUUCUGGACCAGAAUGACAAUGUUCCUGAGAUCUUGUACCCCACCCUCCCCACUGAUGGUUCCACAGGAGUGGAGCUGGCACCCCGCUCUGCAGAGCCUGGAUACCUGGUGACCAAGGUGGUGGCAGUGGACAGAGACUCAGGCCAGAAUGCCUGGCUGUCCUACCGCCUGCUCAAGGCCAGUGAGCCAGGGCUCUUCUCAGUGGGGCUGCACACAGGUGAGGUGCACACUGCCAGGGCCCUGCUGGACAGAGAUGCUCUCAAGCAGAGCCUGGUGGUGGCAGUGCAGGACCAUGGCCAGCCCCCUCUCUCAGCCACUGUCACACUCACUGUGGCCAUAGCUGACAGCAUCCCAGAUGUGCUGGCUGACCUGGGCAGCCUGGAGUCUCCUGCCAAUCCUGAAGAUUCUGACCUCACACUCUACCUGGUGGUGGCACUAGCCUCUGUGUCCUGCAUCUUCCUUGCCUUUGUCAUCGUGCUGCUGGCUGUCAGGCUGAGGCGCUGGCACACAUCCCGCCUGCUCCAGGCUUCAGCAGGUGGACUGGCUGGCCUUCCUGCCUCUCACUUUGUGGGUAUGGAUGGGGUGCAGGCUUUCCUGCAGACCUAUUCCCAUGAGGUGUCCCUCACUGCAGACUCCAGGAAGAGUCACCUGAUCUUCCCCCAGCCCAACUAUGCUGACACCCUCAUCAGCCAGGAGAGCUGUGAGAAAAAUGAUUUUCUAUCAGCACCUCAGUCUUCACUUGAAGACACAAAGGAAACAUUUUCCCAGGUAAACUUUUUGUAGUAAGUUAUCUAGAUAAAAAUACAUCCUGGAUUUAUUUGGUUGACUAGUCCUGUUUUUCUGUUUCCCAUUUGUCUGUGUAGAUUUCUAUUUAUAAAUGCUGAGAAAUCA